GCAACGGCGCAACGCAACGCAUCGCACUGCCACUCGGCAAACAAAAUUUCUGUGGAUCAAUAAAUUUAUAGACAGUCGAUCGUUGAUCGCCGGCUGGCCACAACGGUAAAAAAGACAAACAAUAACAACAUUUAAUUCAUUGAUAAAACAAAGUGGACGCACAAAAAAAUAAAUGAGUACUAAAAUAAAAGAAUAAAGUAAAAUUAUUCUCUGCGAAAUGAUAAAACAAAGAAAUUCGUAAAAUACGUUAAUUUACUGCCGUUUUUUUAUUUGUUUGUUUCUCGGCGUGUUCCAUUUUUUUAUGCGAAGUGGAAACGGUCUCAAGUGUCGGUAAACAAAGAAAUCUCUUUCUUUGCCAUGUUAUAAUGGAUACAACAGUAGAGCCGAUUCUGCGAGAAAAAUGUUCAAAGGAUUUCAUUCGACCUGCCAUUGUUCAAAGUUCAAAAGAAAAUGCGGAAGAGGAAACCAGCGUUAAAUUGUUAACAGAUCACAAAGAAUUUGUCAAUAGUUUACGACGCACGAAACAACCGUGGAAAGUUCCCUGGUUCAUAGUGAUAAUGUGUUCAUUGCAGAUCUCAUUGUAUUUAAUGGAUAAUCGUUGUAUUCGUCAGCAUUUAAUGUUUAUGCCGAAUGGUGUGAACGAAUAUUGGCGCUAUUUUACGUAUAUGCUGCUACACUCGGACAUACUGCAUUUGACGAUGAAUAUUUGUUUACAGCUUGUUAUAGCCUUUUGUUUGGAAAGCGAACAAAGCCACUGGAAAGUAGCAACAAUUUAUAUAAGUGGCGGAAUUUCUGGUUCAUUGGCCACACGUUAUUUGCAGCCAGAAUUGUCGCUGAUGGGAGCCUCGGCCGGUGUAUAUGCUCUGUUGAUGAGCCAUAUUCCGCAUCUUUUGAAGAAUUUUCCCUCACUUGCCCAUCGAUAUUUGCGCAUCAUGGCAUUAAUGAUUUUAUUCCUGAGCGACAUCUGUUUUACGACAUUCCACAUAGUCAUCAAUCAAAAUACGAAUCCACGCAUUUGUGUCGAAGCCCAUGUGGCAGGUGCUCUGUUCGGUCUGAUUUUUGGAUUCUUCAUAUAUUAAUCCAUAUCAAAGGCCAGUAGUAAUGUGAUGAAAAGGGAGCUGGAGCAGCCAUCGUGUCUCUUGGUUGCAUGCAACAGUUGAAUGUAAACGCACUCAUACACACCUUUUGUAAUACAAACGUAAUAAUAACAACAACAACGAACGAUGUAACCAGAGUUGCCGCUGAAAAUGGAAUUAAUGAAAUUGGGCAAAAUGAAAAUAUACCAGAAUAAUAAUAUUGGACAUGAACAAAAUUGAGUCUGGUCCAAAUCAGAAUAGGAGGUUCAAACAAAUCCUCUAAUUGGAAACAUAAAGUGGCUGACUGUACCCAAAUAAAAGAGUGGUUUAUUUUCAGGAUUCAUAAAAUCAAAAUAGCAAUCAUACCAAGUCAAAUUUAGUAAUAAUUCAGGGGACUGCUUUUCGUGCAUUGAUCUUAAUCGAGCCUCCACAAAGUCAUAUGUAUUGAUAUAGCUACUCGGAAUUAAAGUAUAAAGAAUUUUGAAGUUGAAGUUGUCAACCACCAGAGUAAGAAGAACUGCUUUCAACAACAAUUACUCUUCCCAGUCCAUGUAUUAUCCAAGGAAAAAUAUAGGGUUUGGAGAUCUGCAAAUAAUCACCAGUCAUUGAGACAUAUAUUUUUCAGUUCCUAGUCUAUGGAAAUUCAAAUCAAAAUUGUAAAAUAUAUAUAUUUAUAAUAAUAAAACUCUUU